AUGAUGACUGCUGCGUCCAUAGCAUCCACGGACAUGGGGCUGCUGCUGCAAGAUGAUGUUUUUGUUGACUUUUUCAACAUCUUUCUGAGCCUUCCUAUUUUUGGGCAGACACCCCUUUACAUCAGUGGCAUGGGCCGGUGGUGCCUGUGGCCAGAGCUGCCGAGCCACCUGGAUGCCAGCCCCGCGGCUUUGCUGGCUUGGUUGGAAAAGCACCGUCUGCCUCACUUCUGCAAAUCCAGCCUGUGCCUGCACCUCGUCCUCUGCCAGAAGCUGCUGGCUUUCAUUCGCUCGGGGGAAGCAGCAGAGCUGCUGAACUGGCACAGUGCUGACCAGUGGCUGCUGGAGAGGUGCAUCAGCGGGAGCCAGGGCAUGCAGCACCUCUGCGCCUUCCUCCGAGGAACUGCAGGGGAAGAACUGAUCGACUUCUGGCUCAUCACUGAGAGGCUCCUGGGUCUGGAUGAGUCGGAUGGGAGUCAGAGGGAGCUGUUCUUGUCCCUGGAGCACAGGCUGAGAGCCACUCACCUGCGUGAAGGCUCCAGCGUCCUCACCUUCUGCACCACCAUCGUGGGAUCUCUUCCAAAAACCAGGCAUAUCCAGUCCAUCAGCACCAGGAGGGAGAUCCUAAGCAAGAUGCAGGAACAGGUCCUUUUCAUGAUUCAGAGUUACUGGCUCCCUAAAUUCUUCGUGCACUGCAAGAUGGGGAUGGAGGAAGAGGAAUUGUGCUGGCCUUUGCUGCAGGAAUAUCAGGAACGUUUAUCACAGGCUGCCUGGCAGCCCCCAGGCCUUGCAGAGCCCCUCCCCACCAUGCACAUCAAAAGGAGCCAGGGUGUGCCAGGGCCUUACUGCAGCCAGAAGGCCAAAGCAGAGGUCUGGGCUCUGGUCAAGGAGGGGAGAGACAGCCAAGAAUUGAAAAGGGCCACUUUUCAGGUGAAAGCAGAGAAGCAGCCAGGGCCAGCUGGGAGCAGGGAGGAAUUGUGGCUGGAUAAGGAUGCUGUGGGAUCCACUCCCCAGCAGUCAUGGCAACCUGCCUUUGGAGGCAGAGGAGGAGCAACAUUUCCUGGCAGACCUCAGUCCAGUGCAGUGCAGGAUCUACAAAACCUCUGUAAGGAGAAAAUCCUCCCUGUCCUGCUUCCCUCUGCAUCCCUUGCCCGGCUGCCAUCCCUGAAAAAGCCAGUCAAGACCUUGGAUUUCCUUCCCUGGGCCCUGAGUGCCGAGGCUUGUGCUGGAAGACCCUUCAGAGAUUUCCUGCAGCACCAGAACAGACCCCUGGAGACUCUUCUCCUGGACCUGUGGCACGACCUGGAGGAGUUUCUGCCCGUGGUGCUGGACUCCAGCAGAGAAAACAGCUUCUUCCUGCGCCAUCUGAUUGGGGAGAAGAUCUGCAAGACCUACCUGGAGGACAGCAGCAUUGAGAAGCUGCCCUUGGAGACCAGGACCCUCGUGAGUUUGUGGAACCGUCUGAUAUAUGGAGAAUUCUCCCCAUGGAUAUUCAGAGCCCAGCAGGAGAUUUGCAAGGUGCUCUGUGGCCUCUAUGAGGAAUUUCUGGCUGCUGAUGACAGGACAUUCCUCCAGUUUAUGGCUCCAGGCAUGGAUGUCCCCAUGGCCGAGGUGCCAGGCCGUGCUGCUGGCAGAUGGGGACAUUUCCACCUGUCCCAGAGGAUGAACCAGGCCCUGCAGCUGGGCCAGGCCCUGCAUGGCACGAGGAGCUUGGAGGGGGUCUCCUCCAAGCACUGGCAAUUGCUUGCUGCUCGGGACCUGCAGAAAGGGGGCUCCAUCCAGGCAGAGAUGGAGCUGCUCCUGGGCAGUGCUGAAUCCCAGAGGAUGAUAGCAGAUGAGCUGGCUGUGAGCAGCCCCAGCAGGGAAGAGGAGCUCCUGCAGCUCACGAAGGCAGCACUCGGUCCUACUGACCCAUUUGGGAGUCAUCCCCCCAAACUGGACCUCUGGGGAGCCUGGUUCUAA